UAUUUCCUGGCAAUUCCAGCGUCGGCACAGCUGAACCUACCAUGGUAAUGCUGACCAGUUUGGCUCUCACCAGUCUGCUGGGCUUGGCCAGCGCACAAUUCCCACCCAAGCUUGAGGGGGUCACUGUAAUCCAGUCCCAGCUCCACGAAAACGUGACUAUCUCAUAUAAAGAGCCCGGGAUCUGCGAAACCACGCCCGGGGUUCGAUCGUAUUCAGGCUACGUGCAUCUGCCACCCGGUUUCCUCAACGCCACCGACACCGGAGGCCAGGACUACCCGAUCAACACCUUCUUCUGGUUCUUCGAAGCCCGCAAAGAUCCGGGCAAUGCGCCGCUCGCGAUCUGGCUCAACGGCGGACCCGGCGGCUCCUCGCUGAUGGGCCUAUUCGAAGAACUGGGCCCGUGUACAGUCGCCGACGACGGUACCACCACGAUCCUGAACCCGUGGAGCUGGAACAACGAAGUCAACCUGCUCUUCCUGGACCAGCCGGUGCAGGUCGGCUUUUCGUACGAUGUGCCCACCAACGGCACGCUGGUCUCCCUGGAGAAUGGCGAGGCCGGCGGCAUCAUCCCCGGCGAUUUCAGCACGGAGAUCCCAGAGUCGAACUUCACCUCGCUGGUCGGCACCUUCGCCAGCCAGAAGCUGAACCAGACCGCGGAUACCACCGCCCAUGCGGCGCCAGCGUUGUGGCAGUUCCUGCAGACUUGGUUCUUUGAGUUCCCACACUACCGGCCGAACGACGAUCGGAUCAGUCUGUGGGCUGAGAGUUAUGGCGGCCAUUAUGGUCCCGAGUUCUUUCGGUUCAUCCUGCAGCAGAAUGAGCGCGUUGCCGAGGGCACGGCUGAGUCUGGGGCGCGACAUCUACAUUUAGAUACUUUGGGCAUUGUCAAUGGGUACAUUGAUUCGAUCGUGCAGGGCGAGUCGUUUAUCCAUUGGGGGUACAAUAAUACCUACGGAAUCGAGAUCUUCAACCAGUCGACCUACGAGGCGCUCCUGGACCACUGGAGGCGCCCCGGGGGCUGCCGCGAUCGCCUCGUUCACUGUCAGGCGGCGUUGAAAGACCGCGACGCAGGCACCAGCCCGGCCCCGAAUAUCACCGAGCUCUGCGCCGGAAUCGAACAGGGCUGCGAAGGCGGCGCACCGCAGCUGUACCUGAAUGAGCUCAACCAUUCAUGGUACGACAUUGCGCACCCCAAACACGACCCCUUCCCCGGCAGAUCAUGGCUAGGCUACCUAACGCAAGAAUCCGUCCUGGGCGCCCUAGGUGUCCCCGUCAAUUUCACGGCGGCCUCACCGACGGUCGACCGCACUUUCGUGGACACAGUGGACCUCGAUCUGGGCGGUUUCCUCGAGUCGAUCGCCUACCUGCUGGACAGCGGGGUGAAGGUGCACAUGAUGUACGGCGACCGCGACUGGACCUGCAACUGGGUGGGCGGCGAGGCUGCCAGUCUGGCGGUGCCGUAUUCCCGGCAGGCGGACUUCGCCGAGGCGGGCUACACGCCGCUGUUCACGGCCGAGGGCAUCAAGGGCAUGACCCGCCAGCUGGGGAACUAUAGCUUCACGCGCGUGUUCCAGGCCGGCCACGAGGUGCCGUCGUAUCAGCCGCUGGCGGCGCAUGAUAUCUUCCGCCGUGCGACGUUUAAUCUUGAUAUUCCGUCUGGAUUGCUGGAUGUCUCGGAUGAGUUGCGCACGGUCGGAUUAAAUGAUACGUCGGGUAUCAGGAAUGUGCGUCCCGCUGUGCCGGAGCCCAGGUGCUACAUUCUCAGUCCGGGGACUUGUGAGCCGGAGGUUUGGAAGACGGUGCUGGAUGGGACGGCGGUGGUCAAGAACUGGAUUGUUAUUGGUGUUGAGGAUGAAGAGAGCGUGUUGGAGGAUGGACGCAGUCAGGUUGUUCUCGGAGGGACUGCUUGAUGCAGCUACUAAAAGGGUGGCUGGCAUUGAGUGAUUGCGGGUUGAUGUGUCUGUAGGACGCAACUUCAACUUUCGCAUGGUAACACUCAGAAGGACGAAUCGUUAAAGUUUAUAGUACAAUUGAGCACAUACUCGCUAGGAAAUGACACCAACACCAGC